CUAAUAUUUGGACGUCGCCAUCAUUACUCGGUGUUUCUCUCGCUGUGUUUCCAGAGCCGUGCAAGAUGGUCGCCGAGGACGUGGAGAUGAAGAGUGCGGACAGUCCUGCGGCAGGCGCCGGCGGGGAGCUGGAGCCCGCAAAGGCCGACCCGGACACACUGACCAUCGAGGACAUCAAGGAGCAUGCGCGGCACAUUGAGAAGGCGGUGAACAGCAAGGAGCCCCGGUUCAUUCUGCGCAUCCUGCGGGCCCUGAUGCCCACCCGCAAGCGGCUCAACGCCAAGGUGAUGCGCAAGAUCGUCUCCGGCUUCUACACCCACUCGAACCAGAGCAGGGACGCACUCCUGGCUUUCCUGGACGAGCCCAUGGAGACAGAGGCCAAGGAGGGUCGCAUCCGCAGUGCCAAGACGUCCCACCUGCCCCUGCUGCCAGAGCUGGACGUCUACAUCCACCUGCUGGUCCUCGUGCACCUUAUCGACUCGGAGCGCCUGGACCAGGCAGUAAAGUGCUCCGACCAGCUAAUGGCCAAGAUCCAGGCCCAGAACCGAAGGACGCUGGACCUGCUGGCCUCCAAGUGCUACUUCUACCACAGCCGCUGCUACGAGCUCACGGGCCAGAUGAGCGCCAUACGCAGCUUCCUGCACGGGCGCCUGCGCACGGCCACCCUGCGGUCGGACUACGAGGGCCAGGCGGUGCUGGUGAACUGCCUGCUGCGCAACUACCUGCACUACAACCUGUACGAGCAGGCCUCCAAGCUGGUCUCCAAGUCUGCCUACCCGGAGGCGGCCUCCAACAACGAGUGGGCCCGCUACCUGUACUACCUGGGACGCAUCCGGGCCAUCCAGCUGGACUACUCUGAGGCCCGCAGGCACCUGCUCCAGGCCGUGCGCAAGGCUCCCCAGCACGCCGCCCUGGGCUUCAAGCAGACGGUGCACAAGCUGGCCAUCACGGUGGACCUGCUGCUGGGGGACAUCCCGGACCGGUCCAUCUUCCGCCAGCCGCCCCUCAGGCGGACCUUGGCACCCUACUUCCAGCUCACUCAGGCGGUGCGAGCGGGCAACCUGGGCCGCUUCAACGAGGUGCUGGAGAACUUUGGGCCCAAGUUCCAGGCAGACCACACGUUCACGCUGAUCAUUCGGCUGCGCCACAACGUGAUCAAGACCGGGGUGCGCAUGAUCAACCUGUCCUACCUGCGCAUCUCCCUGGCAGACGUGGCCCAGAAGCUGCAGCUGGACAGCCCCGAGGACGCAGAGUUCAUCGUGGCUAAGGCGAUCCGUGACGGUGUGAUAGAGGCGAGCAUCGACCACGACCAGGGCUACAUGCAGUCCAAGGAGAACAUGGACAUCUACUGCACCAGGGAGCCCCAGGCUGCCUUCCACCAGCGCAUCUGCUUCUGCCUCGACAUCCACAACCAGUCAGUCAAGGCAAUGCGCUUCCCACCCAAGUCCUACAACAAGGACCUUGAAUCUGCGGAGGAGCGGCGGGAACGGGAGCAGCAGGACCUGGAGUACGCCAAAGAGAUGGCAGACGAGGAGGACGACGGCUUUCCCUAGUCCCGGCGGUAGACGCCCCACCAGAGGGCACCGUCUCGACGCCCGGGACCGCACACCGCCUUUUCGACGCGCCGCAAUAAAGCAAACUAGGUUUCUGCACUUCGAA